ACACAUAUCAAAUUUGUUAUACGCGUAGAAUUUCGAACUCAUACAAAUUGGCUUCGCAUAAGUUCUUGUACAAUUAUGCGAUAAGUUUUCAGUUUCAACUAUGCGCUGCAAUCAUACGGUCAAUAAUGGCUAAAGUUGUCGGAACCACAUACGAUGAGGAGGGAAAAGUUUGGUCUGGCCCCAUAGUAAAUGAUUUGUACGGCAGUGAUGUGACAUUGGCCAAAGCAAUUGUGAUGCAAUUAGAAAAAACACCUCAAAAAGUUAUCCAAAUAAUUGAUUCGACUGGAGAGACGUUAACAGCUCAGCAAUUUUUGGAUUAUUCAACUGCACUGGCCAAAAACAUGUUGAAAAUGGGAUUAAAGUGCCAAGAUGUGGUGGGUCUUUAUGCCCAACAUUCGCUGCAUGUGGCCACUGUGAUGAUGGCCUCAUUUCUGUGUGGUACUCCAGUGAGUGGAGCAUUCUAUGGAUUUGAUAUAGCCUUUAAGGCCAUUGACCAUUUGCAAUUGGCAGCUAAGGUUGUACUAUUGACAGGCAGCGUCGAAGGUGUUACACAUAUCUCGGAGUUAGUACAAACCGAAGAAAUAUCUUGGGAAUAUUCCCAGUUUCCUUGUGCAAGUCUUAGUGGUUCAGACACGGCUGUGAUUUUAUGUUCAUCCGGAACAACGGGCACUCCCAAAGCAGUAAUGUGCUCCAACCAAGGACUACUCCAUAGCAAUUUUUAUCCAACAGCCACUGGUGAAUCGAUUAUUCUCUUAUUUAGCACAAUGUAUUGGGCAUCGGGCAUUUUAUCGUUAAUCGCAAGUCUCCUCCAUUCUUCUCUUCGAAUUAUACCUCAUAAACCCUAUAGCCCAGAAUAUUGUCUGCAUCUCCUUAAGCAUUAUAAAGUCACUCACUUCUUUACCACGGCUUCCCAAGCAAGCGAAGUUGUUCUGAACUACUCUAAGCAGGAGAUACGUGAAUCAUACAAAUCAAUCGAUACACUUUUGAUUGGUGGUUCGAAAGUUCCUCAUCUACUUCAAGAGACUUUAUUGGAUAUUCUUGCUGACAAUAAGCAUGGGCCAGGAUUGUGUAUUGUCUAUGGUAUGACUGAAAUCUGUGGGGCUAUUGUUGCCUCUGGUGGAUAUCCUUUUGAAUUCAAACUUUCAAGCGAGGGUAAAAUAUUUCCUAACAGAAAAAUUUGCAUUGUUGAUGAGCACAAUGAAAGACUGGGUCCCAAUGAACCCGGAGAAAUUCUGAUCUACACGCCCUAUACAUGGCUGGGCUAUUACAAUGAUCCUGAAACAACGGCUAAGGCAAUGCAUGAAAAAUGGAUACGUUCCGGCGAUGUUGGAUAUUUUGAUGAUGAGGGUUUCUUACAUGUGGUGAGCCGUACCAAAGAAAUGUUCAAAUGGAACAACUUUCAGAUAUGUCCGCAACCAAUUGAAGAUGUACUACUGCGAUUACCGGGUGUGGCAGAAGUUUGCGUUUUUCCGAUUCCCGAUUUAAUUGCAGAAAAUUUAGCAGCCUGCGCCAUCGUCAGGGCCAAAAAUGAAGAGGGUAUUAAGCGCACGGAGGAUUGUGUGGGUAAAUUCCUCGAUAAGCAUCUGGAUAAAAUGUACCAUAUGCGAGGUGGCGUUUAUUUUGUGGAUGCCAUACCAAAAACAACUUCGGAUAAAAUAUUAAGGCAACAGGUACCUGCAAUAGUUAAUGCACAUUAUAAAAUUGUUUGA